GUAGAUGGUCCUGGCUGGUCUUAUCGUCUUCCCCCGAACGUAGCGCACCCUGAUAAUGAAUGAAUGCAAGCUGUUUUUCCUGUCCGGUGCCGCCAUAAUGAGGGGGUGCGUUGUGUUCGGGGGAAGACGGUAGUUCUGUUCCACGUAGGUGUCCCCCCAUGCUCGCUGCCUUUCUCGAUCCUUCGUUAUGAUUGGUCCUUUCUUUUUCUCACGGAUUUGGUCAUCAUCUCGCUUGUCCGCCUUAUGUGUCGUGGAGUCGUCUUGUCGACGAGACGAUUUCGGUGGAGGAACGUGGCAGUGGCCGCGUGGUGUGGGUGCAUACUGUGGGGAGCAGCGAAAGAAAUGCGCGCGCGCGCGCGCGCCGACUGCUGCGCUUGCGGGGGUUGAGAGAAGCUAUGUUCCUCUUCUUCCCCCAAACCAUCUGAGGGCAUCCUCACACUGUAGUGCCAUUGCAAGUCACAAGUGGAGGUACUUGCGGUGACGUGGAUCCGUUCCAGGCUGCAAAAGCGGUCAGAUGCAUCCAGGUGUGAAUAUGGCCUGAAUUGUAAUGAAGUUAUAAGAUAGCAAAAAAAAAAAAAAAAAACCGGCAAUGAAAUUUGUCAGGAAGAUUUUCUUCGUGUCGCGAAGAUUCUCUAGGAAGAGCAGCAGAGCCAUGGGAGGCUCCCUGAGCCGACUGAGAAAGGCUCGCGCGUGUGUGGUUGGGCUGUGUGCGCGCGCGCGCGUGUAUUUGCGCGGGAAAGAGAUGGCGGAUCUGCGAUCUGAUCGUCUGUAGAUAAGAGGAGGAGCAAGGCGGAUGUGUUUUUUUGGCGCGCAAAAAAGCAAGGCAGAUGUGUUUUUUGGCGCGCAAGAAAGCAAGGCAGUCGGAACAGCGGAAUAGUCGGCAGGGAGGUGGAGGUUUUAUUUGGCGGGAAAAAAAAGAGGUCAUUUGUGUGUGGGGGAGGGGGGGGCGGAGGGGGCGGGUGUCAUCCAGCAAAAGUUGGGGGACAAUUGGGGGUUUUUGGCGGGAAUUGUACGGCAUUUGCCGUAAUUAGGCGUCAUUUGGCGGGAAUUGGCAGUUUGUGGUUUAAGCUGGUAUUUGAGAGAGCAAGCGAGACGCUGAAAGAAUGAAAAUGAGAGGAGAAGGAGAGUGAAGGAGGAGAGGGGAGAAGGAGGAGAGAAGGGAGGUGGUGGUGGUAGCAGGGCCGGGAGUGGGAGUGGUCUUAGCGGGCGGCCACUCCCCGAGUGGGGCCAAGGAGAGAGCCUCUGUUGGGAAAGGCAGCGGAAUAGGACCCUCAGGAGGAGCAGGAGGAGCAGGUGAGGCAGGUGGGGAAGAUGGAUUAUCGCCCGGCCGUGCUCCUGUACACUGCACUCAGUCUGGGCGGCUUGGUAUGGAGGGUUCGCGUGGCAGUUCAGGGAGCCGCCGGCGUGCUUGGAAAAGCUCCUUUGUCUCUGGAACCAGGCGACGGAGCCGACGUGCUCAAUGUCCUUCUUCAAUCCCGGCUGACCAUUGCGCUCAUCGUCAAUCUUGCUGCUAAUGCCUUCCUACUGAUCGCCCUGUUCACCAAGGUUGUCUUCUUUGGAAAUUUGACAGCUCAAGAAUUACAUAAAUUGGCUGAACGCCUUGUUCAAUACGUUCUCUUCAAGUUGCUCUUUCUAUCGCUGGUGGAGAUCAGCGAUGUGGAUGGACCACUAUGGCUACUGUGCUUUACUCUUGUGGGCUAUCUCAAGGCGUAUCACCAUUAUGUUGGACGCGGAAUGAAGCAAUGGCGCAAGCAGACGAGGAUUUUCUCAGCCAUCACAAUUGCCCUGGAGACUUGUCAGACUCUUGUCCAUUAUGCUGUUCACCUUGGUGAAGCAUGGCAUCAGCUCCAGGAUGGGAGCAAUAAUGAUUCAGCAGAAAGCCAGACUGGCGCUGGCCCUUCAACGUGGGAGUGGCGUGGGUCUUUCCUUUACCAUACGAAUCUGAUCCUGGAGGUCUCCAAUCUGCUGCUGAUGCUCUGCCAUUUUGUGCAUGUAUGGUAUCUUCAUGGCAUUAAUCCGCAACUAUUGGAUGCAUUGCUGUUCCUUAAUAUCCGGACUUUGUUACUGAAGCUGAGAAGGCGCCUGCAAGGGUAUCUGCACUACCGUGCAGCGACUAGAAGCCUUCAUCAGACAUUUCCAGAUGCAACUCCUGAGCAGUUGCACGAGUUUGAUGACUGCUGUGCAAUCUGCAAGGACCCCAUGUCUGUGGCAAAGAAGCUUCCCUGCAGUCAUUUGUUUCAUCUCUCAUGUCUCCGUUCGUGGCUGGAUCAUGGAGCAGCAGACAAUUAUUCUUGCCCGACAUGUCGCACUCCUUUCGUCUGCUUGGGAAGGGGAAACCGUUCAAGGGCUGCGCCAAUACUUGAGCCUCCAGAUCCUGAUCGUCUUCAAAGGGACAGGGUGGACGACACCGGCCAGGCACAAGAGCACAGGGCAGCGGGAGGUCAAGCACAAGCAGGGCACUCGAGGGAUGAAGCCAACCCAGGGGCAAAUGCAGGUGCAUCUGCAGAAAGUGGAGAGGGGGCUGCAGAUGAGACGGCAGUUGUACGGGGUGGCGCGUUCCUACCAGGCCGUGAUGAAUCAGGUCUUGUGCAGCGUCGUCCACAGCAAGGAGGACCGGGGGAGGAAGGAGAAACUACGUUGCCGUUAGAGUCCAAUAGAAACACGGGUGCUCAGAAUGGUGCAGAAGAAGUGUCUGCUGCGCUCAUCAGCCAGAGGCGUCAGAGUGGUGGAUGGUUUUCACAAAUGACCUCGCCCAGUGGAGUUUUUGAGGCUCGGAAUUGGUGGCCACUUGGCAGAGGUUCUCUGGGUGCUGCAGGCAGUGAUGGACACUUGGAGGUGGGCACACCGCGGAGGCAUACGGACGGAUCGGUGGCUGUCGAGUCGGGGAGCAGCAUGUUGCCACUUUUUGGAGAGAGUAAUAAUGAGCUCCUGCGCAUGGCAGAGACGGUCCAAGAAGUGCUUCCCCAUUUGCCUCCUGCAGUUAUUAUGCAGGAUUUGCGGCGCACAGGGUCUGCUCAUGUGACGUUGAAUCGUUUGUUGGAGGUGGGCUUAUAACAGUCAGUUCUUGCCGCUGCAUCACCUUCUCCCAGGCUUGGCUUGGCUUGGCUUGGCUUGGCUUGGCUUGGCUUGGCUUGGCUUGGCUUGCUAGCAGAGAACUUGUUGCUGGAUAUUGCAUCUUUUUGACUCUGAAGGUACACAAUUAACCAAGUAUUUUUAUGAGAGGAGCAAAGGUCACUGCGGGUGAGUGGAGGGAGGGAGGGAGGGAGGGAGGGAUUGUAAAGCUGCCUGGUUUGGGGUGUUUUGUGGAUGGGGAGGGGACCUAGAGUUGAGUUUGCACUUCCAGGUUGUAAUCCACUACUGCGCUGCAUCCCUUGCGAGAACUGUGCCACUGAACAUCCAGCCGUCGGGUCUGUUCAGCGAACCUGCAAUGGUUCAGGCGUCCAUCCACAAUCGGGCAGAAAUGAGGCUCAGCGAAACAGCUUUGGGCACCGUCGUGGUUUAGACUGAAUUUCAGUGGAGACAGUUGGUGGCAACGCUGGAUGUCACAAAGUGGAUCGAGCGCAUGCGUUUUUCUGUUUUCGUUUUUUUCUUCUUUUUUCUUCUUUUUUCUUCUUUUUCGUUUCUUUUAAGCGGAUGUGGCCAUGGUUCAUUCGAUCGA